UGUUUUUUCUCUGGCGGAUGGUCGCGCGAGUGUGGUUCGUUUAUAAUUUUUGCUCUGUGUGUGGGGUGUAGUACAAUGGGAACAUAGUGCACACAGCUGGAUAUCACAGCGCAAGAAGCAGAUGAAAUUGGAGAAAAAAGGUGAACCCUUCAUUCCUGCACGGUCGAAGACGGGAAUAACACACGAACGAACCAACGGAUGUGAAUCUCGUUUCCCAGUGCGAUGUUCGCUUGUUCCCUGAAUUGAUAGAUUUGAUAGUGGAUUGUUAGUUUUUCGGAACCAACGGAGCAAAUAGUGAUCGGUAUUAUCCUUUUUACCGUACGAGCUGUCGAAAUUUGGUCGAAGAAAAAAAAGGAAAGGAAAGCGGGAUAUCCAGAUUUUUCCCUACGCGUGUGUUUGUGAGAAUCAGAAUCUGUGAAGAAAAGUCGUUUCGGGCGCUUGUUUCGGAGUAUUGGUGGUUGUUGCCGUGGAUGCAGUUUCGAACAUAACUUAAGGCUAAGCACUCAAAAGUAUUGAGCGUGUGAGCAAGAAACACUUCCAAAUGUGUACGAACGCGGCAGUCGAACGUUGUCGGAACGAACCGCAGUGAAAGUUUGCUCUCUGUCCCGCGGCAGACAGAAUUCCUUUUUGGCGGCUACGAAUCAUUGUCGCGCGCUUAUCAAGCGGUGCAACCGUAUUAUUAUUAUUUUUUCUUUUGUUUUUCCUGUGUUGUGGUGGUGUGUAAAGUAGUGAUAUUUUAGGCUAGCACUUCCGCGCAAGUGGAUAGCGACGACGCAGCGAUACGACAACUGACGGGUGAUGUCCAGCUGGGCACAACGGAUGCACCGCCGGGCGGCGACCCUCGGCAGUGUGGUCACCUCGUGUGGUCACCCGGGGUCACCGUAUCCGCAUCGGCUCGAGAAAGUUAAGUUCGGCGUCCCGCUGGACGAGGUGUGCAAAAACGACAUUCCCGGCCCGUUGCUGGUGCUGAUACUGAAGCUGAACAAGGAGGCACCUUUUAGGAAGGACGUCUUCCGGGCGCCCGGUCAUCAGGGGGCCAUGAAGAAGCUGAUUCACUUCCUGCAGCAGGGCCGCCUGGUCAACGUGGACAACUACUCGGUGUACACGAUCGCGUCGGUGCUGAAGAAGUUCCUCCGCAAGAUUCCGGGUGGCGUUUUCGGCCGGGAUGGCGAGACGGAACUGUUCCAGAUAGUGGACAUCGACGAUGAACUGGUUCAGCAGGAGAAGAUUCACAAAUUACUAAUGUCACUGCCUGGCCAUACGCAGCGUUUGCUGGUGCUGCUGUUUGGUACGUUUCGGGUGAUAGCCAGCAACUCAGAACGGGCCGGCACCGGUAUGACCAGUGAGGCACUCGGGGUUUCGGUGGCGCCCAGCUUUUUCCAGUCCUGCGUCAGCGAUGGCAAAACCGCCCGGAUGGAGGACGUGCUGCGGUUUAAGGUGGCAACCAAGAUCAUGAAGCAGAUGAUUGAACAGUUCGCCGCGUACGACCUGUUCGGGCGGGACAACUACGAGUACUACGCCCGGGUUACCGGCCGGGUCCUGCGGGUUCAGGACGAGUGGAUCUGUUCGUUCCGCUAUCCGCUGCCGCCCAGGGGGAAGACGGCCCAGCAGAACUAUGCGUUAAAACUAGCUUUAGAAACCGAGAAAACCUGGCUGCAGUGUGAAUGCGAACGAUGGGGCCUAAUCGCACAGGAGGAAUCGCACUCGACACCGGCCCUGCUGACCACCGGCGGUCCGAACGUAGGCAACUCGGCCGUCUCCCUUGGCAUCAUUCCAGAGCACUCGCUGCUCGAGUCCUGCGCCCGCCUGUCCGUCUCGCUGGAGGGUCCCGGGAUCUUCAACGUGCAGAAGUCCAGCUGCUCGUCGUCGUCGCACUCGUCCUCGUCGACGACCCGGUCCGGUUCGCAGCACCACAUGACGCUGGACGAGCUGCGGGCGGUCAACCGGUACGCCGAGAGUACCAAAAGCCUAUCCUACCUACCUCAGGUCCACGAGCGGCAGGCAGCUCGGAUGCGCACCCGUUCCGAGUGGUUCCUGGGGGCCCGCGGGGGCUCCCUGGAGCUGUGUCACACAUCGGAUGGUACGACGCUGAUGCACCCGCAGAUCGUAACUUCGACUCCGAUCCCGGGCAGCAUGCUGGGUUCGGGUGGCGGCGGCGGCGUUGGCGGCGGUCUUGGCAUCGGAGGAGGACACGGUCACCACCACGGCAUUAUCGGUACCUAUAGUAACAGUAUUGACCAGCACUUGAACGAUAUCGUUAUUGUUGAUGUUGAUGUUAACCGUCACGAGUAUCUUGCCACUAAUCAUCAUCAUCAUUAUCAUUUGAACCAUCAUGACGACCUGAGCACGAACAGUAACAAGCGCACGUUGCAACGACCGUCGGCGCUGGGUAGUCCUGAUGGAUGGUAUUUCGACCACUGCGACUCGAUCGAAAUCGACCCGGAAGACGUGGACAUGCUGAAUGGCAGCGAAGGAGGAGGGCUUGCUGACGGAGAAGAUCCGCUUUACGAUGAGAAUGACUUCGCCAUCAGCCAGAGUCAUCAUUUUGAUAAUCGUGCCGAGAACAGACGGCGCCGUCGGAGACGGCUGAUCCGUCAGCGACGCCACUCGUACGAUCAGCUCAUGUCCAGCGCUUCCAUGUCGAUCGUCAACUGUAGUCGUGGCGUCGAACCACUAUCUAAGGACGUCCCCAAUGCCGCCGGCUCGAGCAUUCCACCACCCGAAAAACGUAAACAUUCCGCACUCGAUCAUUCAUCAGCCUUGCAACGUAACGCCACUACACACACCAUCAACAACACUACCACAACAGCAGCAACUAGUGCCACUACUACUGCUAGUAGCAUCAACGACAGCACGUUGACGGCUGGUAACAAUCACCACUCGGUGAUUGGCAAUCGCAGUUUGUCGCGGAACCAGAGCAACUCGGCCAACACUACACGCCAGAGUAAUCUGUCCGUAGUUCUCUAUGCUGUAUUGGAUUUUUUGUUCUAGGUUAGAUUUUGUUUUUAGUUUUUUCGAUGAUAAACGCAAGAAAGUCGAAGGGAAAGUGCUAGGUGUAUACGUAGCACACUGCUGGCUGGUGAAAGAUUUCUAACCACGAAACAGGAACCGGUUUACCGCCCGAUCUGCACCGUUGCAAGCUAUUUUAUUCAUUUUGAUUUAAGUUUUUUAAUCAAAGUAGAGCACAAUGGUAGUCUAUCCUAUUUUUUUCUGUUAAGUAUACACUCCACAUGAAUUUCGGGCUAAACCGGGAACCUGGCACUGGUUAAAAGUAUUUUUCUUUGGUUUCGAACACAUUUCGGAAAAAACAUAUAUGUUUUCAUAUUUUAUCCACUUAUUUAUUGCAGUUUUAACGUAACAAUCUACUACUUAUUU